UUGACAGUUUGAAUUUUGAUGACGGAAAGAAAAAGGUUAUACACAGAAAAAGAGGGAAUAGGCUGAUUAUGAUUAAAUUUUUGUAAAUAUAAAUCGAAUAUAAUUAAGGUGUUCGUAAUAUAGUAAUUCGUAAGAAUUAAUAUAAGAAAAACUUGCACUUUGUGUUUAGUCUGAUAGAUAAAAAGCAACGUGUCCUAGGUUAGGCCGUUGGAGAAUCAUGUUAGUAUUGGCGUAACAUGACUGAAAGAAAAAUGUGCAAGUUCUAUAACUUGAAUGUGCCUGAACGCCGAUCCGGUGAACCUGGUAAUCAAAACCAUAUAAACAAUGACGAGGACGAUCGCAACCCCGACGACCCUCUACAACCGUACGUGCCUCCACACGAACAUAAGUUGGAAUACAGUUAUUGGAUGUGGUUUUCAAGAAGACCCCCCGCCAGAGAACUCUCCUCGACCACCACUGGCUAUGGGCAGGCGCUUCGCUUGGUGGGUCGCGUGGCUUCAGUCGAACAGUGGUGGGGGUUGUACACGCACCUAGCGCGUCCGGCGGAGCUCCCCCCACUGUCAGACUUGCAUCUAUUCAAACUAGGCAUUAAGCCCAUGUGGGAAGAUCCUGCCAAUGUUCAUGGUGGGAAAUGGGUGGUUCGACUACGCAAAGCUCAAACGGGUCGAGCGUGGGAGGACUUAUGUAUGGCCAUGCUCGGGGAGCAGUUCAUGGUAGGAGCUGAGCUCUGUGGAGUUGUACUGUCGGUUCGGUUUCAGGAGGAUCACCUGGCCGUGUGGCAUCGAACUGCUGCGGACACGGCGGCGGCGGCGCGUGUGCGGGACGCGCUCCGUCGCAUUCUCCAACUACCCGCAUCGGUGCCUAUAGAGUACAAGGCCCACGGGGACUGCCUGCGAGCAGCGGGCCCCGCGCCCCCGACCCAGGCCUCGGCCCCGGCGCCCCCCGACGACCGCUCCUAGCGCCGCGCCCAUCCCGGACUGUGCUAUAUUUUUGACGAAUUUUCACUUAGUACAAAUAGUAAAGUGUCCGACAACGCGAGAGGAUCCCGGUUCCACUCUCGUCUGAUGCAGAUGAUCACCCUCCUAACAUUUUUAUAUGUAUAACACUGUAGUGUAUGGAUUUUUUUAAUCUCGUGUCCAAUAAACACUGUACAGUAACACCGUCUCUUGUAUGUGAUUGCGCAAUUAAAAAAUGAUAGCCAAUUCUAUAUACUUUCUAUGGAGAGCUAAGUCAUUAUUUAUUUUGUUAUAGUAUUAAAGACAAUAAAGCAAUAAAGUACCUUCCAUUGAUGUACAGCGCGUUUUAGAUAUGAUUAAUAAAAUAUGCACAAGUGUUGGUUUGUAUGGAAACAGUUUUAUUAACGAACGUGUCCCGGCGUUGUGUUCCUCUGUUACCGGGACGCAGUCCGCGACGUGUUGAACAGUUCGAGUAACGUGUAACUGAAUAAAUUAUCAGACUUUUCA